AGUGGAAUUGUAAUCGAUGCCCUGGGAAUGAAAGGUAAUAUAAAGGAAUAGAAUAUUGUAAAAUAUUGUAUAAUUGUAAAAUAAAUGGACACGUUGGUGUGGCAGCUUGUUCUGCCAGACAGACUGAGUUGAGUGGCCUAAUCAUUGUCUUCCUUCAGAUGGCGUCAUUCUAACGCAACCGCGUUGCCAUGCAGACAAGGCGGUCACGCUAUCUGACGUAAGACAGUGGUUGUGUAAUGUGAUACAUCUAUGACAUCACGUGUCUCUGUCUCUCUCUCUCUUUUACAGCAUGGCAUGGGUAUCCCCUCCAUCGCCAUCAUGUUACACGAGCUCAUCAAGCUCCUCUACCAUGCUCGCUGCACUGAUGUUACCGUCGUACGCAUUGGGACCUCCGGUGGAUUAGGUAGGCCUAUAUAGAGUUUAUUUAGACGUUUUCUGUCAGGUUGUACUUCUCAAGUGCUUUGGAUAUGAUUUAAUUCCUUUAUGAUUAAACACAGCACACCUGAAUCCCACUGUAGUCAAACGAGUAAUAACACUAAUAUGUGGUGUUUAAAUCAAUCAAUCAAUUAAUGUCCUUUAAUUAAGCUAAACUUGCAUCCCAAAUGGCACCCUAUUCCCUAUAUAGUGUACUACUUUUGACCAGGGCCCAAAGUAGUGCACUUUAUAUGGAAUAGGGUGUCAUUUGGGACACAGGCCUAAAACAAGCCAUAUUUGCUACACAUUGUACAUCCACUGAUCCACUUUCUCUCUCCAGGCCUUGAGCCUGGCACGGUUGUUGUCACCAAGCAGUCAGUAGACGCCACCUUCCUGCCCAGGUUGGAGCAGGUCAUCCUGGGGAAUACUGUGGUGCGCAGCACGGACCUGGACCAAGGGCUGGCUGAAGAGCUGCUGCAGUGCAGCAAGGACCUGGGUCAAUUUGAGACGGUGGUAGGAAACACCAUGUGCACCAUCGAUUUCUAUGAAGGUGUCGGUUGUUAUACGCUACUUCAGUAUUUUGCUUGUUGUCUGCGAUUCUGUCUUUUUCAAAUGUGUUGCUGUGUUAGCAUGGUACCUGACCUGUUUUUGCUCCUGUCAACUCCAUUGCUGUCAUUGUAAAGCCAAACAUGUUAGGCAUGACAAUGAGUGAGUUGGCAUGACAAUGAGUGAGUUGGCAUGACAAUGAGUGAGUUGGCAUGACAAUGAGUGAGUUGGCAUGAUGGCACACACAGACUGGCACUCAGGUUAUAUUGCUGUGCCCUACUAGUUACUGUGGGUAGCUAGCUGGUGUUUUGUGUGUCCAGGACAAGCGCGUCUGGAUGGGGCCUUCUGCUCCUACACAGAGAAGGAUAAACAGGACUACCUGACCAAGGCCUAUGAGUCUGGGGUUCGCAACAUCGAGAUGGACUCUUCCGUGUUUGCUGCCAUGUGUAAACUCAGCGGUCUAAAAGGUACACCGCUGGUGUAGUUGUAUCUAUCCAUGAUGAUAGGACAAGCCAUAUUAGCAGUUACACGCCAAUAGUGUUAUUCGCAGACAUAAAGCUUUUAAAAAUAAAAAACCCGUUGACUUUGUUAAUGAAAGAUGAAAGAAAUAUGCAUAUGUAUUUGAAUAGAUGUAUAUUAAAUAUAUGUAUUUUACAUCAUAUUAAUGAACUUAAAGGUCCUAAAGUUGAACCUUUUGGUAGGAUCAAAGUUCAGUAGCGUUGCUGGUAAAUAAAUAGGCUGGUCCCUGAUCUGUUUGUGUUGUCAUGCCAACUCCCUGUCUCAUGUUUGACAUGACAAUGAGUGACAAGGAGUUGGCAUGAUACCGUAGCACAAUCAGACUGGCACUCAGGCUAGUAAAUAAUCAACCUCUGUCCUCUGUCUCUGUGUUCCACUGAAGCGGCCGUGGUGUGUGGGACUCUACUGGGCCCUCAGAAAGGGGACCAGCUGAUCAGCUCUCAUCAAGUUCUCCACAGCUACCAACAACGUCCUCAGAUACUGGUCGGCCACCUGAUCAAAGGAGAUGCUCCAAGCCUCAGGCUCUAGCAAAAGCUAGGCUCUUGCUUUUUAGCAUUCUGAUGGUACGUUACUUAUGAAAGGCCACUUGUGCACAGAGUAUACUAAACAUUAAGGACACCAUAACCCGUUCAAAGGCACUUCAAUCUUUUGUCUUGCCCAGUCACCCUCUGAAUGACACACAUAC